GAUACCACCCAUUUCAAAACUGAAUUCUGUCAGAGAAUUUCCGCCAAAGGUUGAUAAAAAAAAUUACACGGACAAAAUGCUGAAAGUUUUCAUGACACUCUGUUUGGUAGCUGCUUUAAAAGGGCAGGCCAACGCUGACGCGUUCAUAGACGCUGUUGUUGAAAGGCACAACUAUUACAGAGCACUUCAUGGGGUUCCAGCGGUCACAGAAAACGCUGCGAUAACAGCAUUUGCUCAAGACUUUGCAACAUAUCUAGACACUAAUGGGCUUUGGCAUCAUAAUCCGAAUGCUUCGGCAAAUGGGUACGGAGAAAAUUUAUCAUGGAUGUCAAAUCCUGCUGCAACUGGACAAGAUCAUGUUGACAAUUUGUACAUAAACGAAGCGAAUUUUUAUGCCCAACAGCAAUAUUGCGGAGAAGAACCUAAUAUGUCGUACUUUGCCUAUUAUGGUCAUUAUACUCAAAUAGUAUGGGAAAGUUCUCUAGAAAUUGGUGUCGGGAAAUCAUCGGGAUAUGUAGUGAUCAACUACUCUCCGCCAGGAAACUACUAUAAUAUGUUCGCUGAAAACGUUCCAUGUCCUGCUUAAUAAAUGGAAAACUAGUGUUAUUGAUAUGGCCGCUAUCUUGAAAUUUCACCAGUAAUCAACUGAAAAUAAAAGAAAUAAAAUCUUUAC